CUCGUGAGACACGGCGCUGCCCUGCGCUGUGCUGUCUCCCAAUUAUUCAUGUGUAGCCGUUAGUACAGCCUGUCUUGGUUUAGGUUAGUUUGUAUCAUUGUUAGUAUCAGGGACACGGCGUCUGCAGAGUUUAAUACGAUCCUCGAGGAUAAGACGAGACAUGGAUACCGAAAAACUAAUUUCUCUGGUUCGAGAACACCCAGUUCUUUAUUGUACAACGCAUCCGUACUACAUGCGAACUAAAUACAAAGAUGAACUGUGGGAAUCAUUGGGGGAAAAAUUAAAUGCUGACGGCGUUACUGUCAAAGAACAAUGGCAAAAACUUAGAGAUUGCCAUCGGGAGGCCCUAAGAAGACAAAAUAGGAAGAAGAGAGGACCACAGUCGGAUCCUCCAAGGACAUGGAUAUACCAACAGCAAAUGGAAUUUCUAUUACCAUUCAUGAAGAACAGUAAGAGUUAUAUGAAUGAGAAACUGUCUGGUCUGUCUGUCCUUCCAAAUGAGGGGCAAUCUGAAGGUCCAGCAAAUGACUUGUAUAUUCAUAAACCGCCUAAUCCCAUCAAAGGUGAAUCAAGUAGCGAUGAUGAGCAGAAGCCUAUAAUUUCUGAAUUGCCUCAAAAUGAACAGUUCCGUACAAUAUCUCCAAUACAGCACGUAGCAGAACAUGGAAACGAGCUCAGACAAGAUUUUGUUCAGUGGAACACAUCAGAAAGAGAUGCAUUGCAUGAUUUUUUCAUGGCUAUGUACAGCACCACAAAGCAGCUUCCAGGAUCCUAUAAGCGGCGGAUUAAGAAAGAAAUAUUUAAGAUUGUUUUAGAAAGCGAGGAAGAAUAUGAAACGACUAAGCUGAGUUGAUAGAAGUCGAUUACGCCUGCCAUGCUUACUCCCACUGGUUUCACAUCUGACAAUAAGACUGAGCUGAAAUAUUUUUAUAACAGAAGUAGGUACAGUGUGUUUCACGUUAGCGUGUCACUAGAUUCUGUGGCUCAUUCAUUGAACAAAAUUAAAAAGUGAACUGGCAAUAUGAUCAAAGAGUAACAACUUGUUACUCAAAUUAAUGUGCUAUUGGAAAAACUAUCAAACGUAGACAGGAAAAGUUAUUACAGAAAAAAUAAAAAUUCUGACGACUCUAAUUGUUUUUAAAAAUGAAUGGUAUAGAGGCAAUUUCAUUUCUGAUAAUUUUUUCCUAUUUCAUCUUUAAAUUUUUCAGAAAACGUCAGAAGUUUCCUCGCCUAAUAUACUUU